AUGGUAGAGGAUCAUUUGAUUUGCCAUGGAUUUGUUCAGGGAUACACUAAAUGGGUUUUUCAUGGUGAAGGAUUUUCCUCAAGAAAUACGCCACAUCCAACCGAUGAAGAAGAAACUUCUAACAUGCAUGACGACAUUGAUAGAUUACUUCAUGAUACUUUUAGAAAUGUAGUAGAUGAUCAGAGACAUGAAGGAGUGCGGGAGGGGCCACAUGAAGAUGCAAAGAGAUUUUAUAAAUUAGUGGAGGAAGGGAAAGAAGACUUGUAUCCAGGGUAUUUGUUGGACUUGAUAAGAGAGGCACUUCCAUUUGCUCAGAUACCCGACUCGUUUUACAAGGCAAAAAAGGUCAUAAAAGAUUUGGGUCUUCAUUAUGAGAAAAUACAUGCUUGCACUAAUGAUUGCAUAUUAUUUUGGAAUGACAAUGCAAAGUUAGAUAAUUGCUCUGUGUGUGGAGCUUCAAGAUGGAAAAAUGUUCGUAAUGACUUAAAUAAUAAGGUUACGAGAAUCCCAGUGAAGGUUUUAAGACAUCCCGCAGAUGGUGAAGCUUGGAAGGAUUUUGAUUCAUUGCAUCCUGACUUUGCUAAUAAUGCUCGCAAUGUUAGAUUGGGUAUUUCAAGUGAUGGUUUCAAUCCAUUCAGAACUAUGAGCAUUUCCCAUAGUACAUGGCCAGUUAUGUUGAUGAACUAUAAUUUAUCUCCAUGGACUUGCAUGAAGUCGGAGAAUAUUAUGUUGUCAAUGAUUAUUCCAAGUCCAUCGUCCCCGGAAAAUGAUAUAGAUGUAUACUUGCAACCACUCAUUGCGGAGUUGAAGGAACUAUGGGAAGUGGGAGUUGAAAUAUAUGAUGCUGUAACUAAUCAAACAUUUCUAAUGCAUGCAGCUUUAUUGUGGACAAUUAGUGAUUUUCUAGCUCUAGCAAUGCUUUCGGGAUGGAGCACCAAGGGGAGAUUGGCAUGCCCCACUUGUAACCAUAAUACAUGUUACCAAUAUCUCAAAAAUAGUCGCAAGAUGUUUUACUUGGGUCAUCAGACGUUUUUACCUCCCGAUCAUCCAUUCAUAAGAGAUAAAAGAUCAUUUAAUGGUAAAGAGGAGCAUAAAGUUGCACCUACUCCAUUAUCAGGUGCACAAAUUCUUGAAGAGCUUCGUGAAUUCAAUAAUGUAUUUGGAAAGAACAAAAAGAAAAGAAAACAAAAGAAUGAUGGAAAUAUCCAUCUAGCUAAAGCUUGUUUCUCUAUGACACCAGAUGAGAAAAAGUUAUUUUGCACUAUCUUAAAAGAUGCCAAAUUACCAACAGGGUGUGCUUCUAAUAUAUCAUGUCGUGUGCAAAUUGCAGAGAUGAAAGUAUCAGGAUACAAAAGUCACAAUGCUCAUUUCAUAAUGCAUUACUUGCACCAGGUUGCAGUAAGAAAAGUGUUACCCAAGAAUGUAGCUAUGGUCUUGAUUAGAUUGGGGAAUUAUUUUAGAGCCAUAUGCAGCAAGGUUAUAAGAAGAAGCGAUCUUGAUAAGAUGAAAGCAGAAAUCAUAGAUAUUGAAUGUGAGCUUGAAAAGAUUUUUCCUCCAUCUUUUUUUGAUAUAAUGACACAUUUACCUAUCCAUCUAGUAGAUGAAAUUAAGCUUUGA